GUUGUGUGUCCAAGCAAGGCAUUCCUUUGCUUUUGGGUGUGUCAGUGUGAGUAACACAUCUCAGCCUUUUAGGACAACAGAAAUGUGUAUGUUUAGAUGCUGGCAGGUUUAGGUUGCACAGAGGUUUUUUUAUUGUUAUUUUCCUUAAAUAAGUUUUAUGUGUUUUCCUGCUUACACAAAGACAUCUCAUAUAAUGUGCAGCAUAAAUUCUGCUCAAAGCAAUUACUUUUCCAGAGCUUCCGUCAGCACUUUCACACCUUAUGUUAAGAUGUGCUCAGGAUAGGCUUGCAGGAAUUGUUUGAGAAUUCAGCAACGUAUCUGGAAGCGUCAUGCUACUUGUCUAAAGGUUUCUGUCUUCACAUCAAAUGUUUCCAACACAUAAUUUUGCUAAAUUGCUCAUAAAUUAUUUAGUUUUUGCAGAAAAGUCAGUUUAGAAUCAGUUCAGGUUGUAAGUCUGUUACAGUUGAGUUGCUGGAUGUUUUGUGGUUUAGGGAGUUAAAUUUGAAGACAAAUUUUCCUGGUCAGCAGAUUUGUGAGCAUAAUGGGAUUGACUUGGAGGACGGUACCUCUUCAGCAGACAGCAGUGGUAAAUGUCUUCUAGAAGAAAAAGGGCUUAAAUGCAUGUCAGUAGAGGUUACUAAGUUUUUUUUAGAAGAAGUCAAUAAAAUUAUUAAUAAAGUUAUAUUUCUGCUACAGAAUCUUGUCUCCUGGUUUAUAGUUUCAGGUAUAUUGUAAAUUUACAUAGAUGUGCAAUUUUUUUGCCUGGCAAGCCGUCCUAAUAAUGUAGAUAUGAAGAUAAGCCAAGACCGAUUGACAGAGCUCGGUCAUGGGGUGUAAUCAUUGACUCUAUAUGUAUGAUGGACGAGCCCUCCACGCCGCCACCUGUAGGUUUCUGGAGAGCUGAACUGAAGCCUAGUGGGCCGUUCCCAUCAAUGGCAUCUUGGCUGGAUAAUACCCGGAAUACACCAGACGCGGAAGCGCUGCAAAGCGCCGUGGAACAAUGAGUGCUUCUAAUCGACGCCCUUGUUAACCUACGCUCUCGGUCACAUCUUCUGCCAUACCAUACCAUACCAUACCAAGUUUAUUUGUAUAGCACAUUUAAACACGGCAUGAGAGCUGACCAAAGUGCUGAACAAAAACACACAAUAAAAACAAUCAGAAAUGAAAACUAAAUCCAUUAAAAUCGAGUAAUUCAAAUCGAAAAGAAAAGGGAGAAAGAGAAUAAGUUAGACUGAAUUAAAAGCCAAAGAAUAAAAGGGAGUUUUUAAAUGAGACUUAAAAAGGGAAAGAGAGGAAAAGUCUGAUCAGGAGGGGCAAGUGGUUCCAGAGCUUCGGUGCACAAACUGAAAAGGUGUGCUCCCCGCGGGAUUUACAGCGGGAGCUAGGGACAUUUUCCAUUUCAGUUCUAGUGCUAAGCCUGACCAACGUCUCUCUAAAAAUAUAGAGCACUGUGAUUGGCUUAACCAACAAUGCAGCGUAGCUAGACUGACCUACAGAGCAAAAUCUGUUGCUAUUUCUACAGUUUUCCUCGAGUUUUAGGUUACGGAUUUUUACCUAAUUGCAUUCAAUUGAUUAAACUUUAGAGCCCUUUAUCUUGAAAAACACCCCUGAGACAAAAUUGUAUCAUACAACAGGUCCCAAGACUUUAUUGUAAGAAUACAACUGGACUUUUUAUUUUUCUCAGUGUUGAAGAGGGUUUACAUCUCACCAGGGGAAUGUUGUCAAUCCAAACCCUGCACAGCUCAUGUCAUGCAACAGGAAGAUGAUCUGAAGCAUAUCUACAGCAUAAUUCCUAAAAAGAUCAAUCUCAAGUUGUCUCAAUGUCCCAGUCAAAGUUCAGACCGCUGUUAAAAUCGUUGAGACUAAAAUAUCCGAGUAAAUGUUUAGAAACCUAAAAGUAAGGUCAUAAAGAAGAUAAAAACCAUCGCUCUGUUGUAAUGUAAGGAAAGCUUUAUUUUUUAUAGUUAUUGUUUAGAAAAUGAUAAUUAAGACCAAAUAUAUUGGAAACUAUGUUUAAAGUUCUAAUUUGCUGAACAUUAGAGUUGGAAGAGGGUGUUUUUCAGGCUUUAAAACAAUAAAUCUCUCCUCUCUCUUUAAAUAUCUUGUGUAAACAUACUUUCGACUUUCUUCCUGUAACCUUUUACCCCCAUGCAUUUGAAUGCAGCCUGUAUUAGAUUUUGCAUUUGCUACUCCAGUGCUUUAUGGAGAAUGUGACUCAAGGCACAGUUUGAUUUUGGUUUGGAUCAGCUCACUAACUGAUUCAUGUCCCUCAACGAACUAAUGGGAGUAUGGCAGAAUUUAGAUAAACGCCUCACUGCUACACCUCCUUCAACAGAUUUCAGCAAGAUCUUACAUGUUACAGUUUCAAAUAGUACUCCACUUCUUUUCCCUUCCUGUCUUCCAGAGUAUGCUACAUUUAAGUGAGGAAAGUUUCACACAAAAAGAGGUUGUAUAAGGAGCUUGGAGGAGUGGCCACAAGUUUGAGGUCACCAGAUCAGAUCGGGUGUUUCGGUGAAUUAGGGAGGGGUCGGACCAGGACUUUUCUCAGCAGACUUCAGAGACAGAGGAUUAUUUUCCUAUAAAAGGAAGAUUUUGCUUAGUCUACAAAUAGAAUCUAGUAAAAGAGAUGUUUUUAUAGUGUGUUGGAAUAAAGCCUUGCUUUACCAUGUGUGUUUCUUACGUUCUCCAGAGAGGCAGCCAUAAUGGUGAUAAUUAAAUACCGGCCUGCCCUUCUGUUUUGACCAGAGUGAAGUCAUAUUUACUCAGUGGGAACUACACAGUGGGAUCCUUAGACAUUAAUCUAAUGACAGCCUUGAGACCUGCACAGACUGGGCUGGCUUCCACAGGUUCUUGUUUUUCUGCCUGAACCGAUGAAGGGGCCGUCAUACCAAAGCUGUAGCCUUCAGACUUUUCACCAGGGUUUUGUGCGUUUCAUGGUAGGGGUGAAAUGUUGAGGAACGAGUAUGCUGGACUAUGGGAUGGCUUUUCAACCACGUCAUUACUUCGCUUCUGUUUUCUGGGAAUGCAAAACCAAACUGACUUGAUAUUCUUCUAGAUCAGAUGUAAUGGGGAAUGUCAAAGGAGGAAUGCCAGCUCCUGAGCAGAGCCCACUGACGGAGGAGGGGUUCCUGCUGACCAUUUGCGACAGCUCGACUGGACGCAAAAUGGAGACUGACAACACCGCCAACAACAUCCUGGCCUCCGUCAAAGAGCAGGAGCUCCAGUUUGAGCGGCUGACCAGGGAGUUGGAAGUGGAGAGGCAGAUUGUGGCCAAUCAGCUGGAAAGAUGCAGACUUGGGGCCGAGUCACCAGGCACUGGUAGCAGCAGCUCAUCGGAGAAAUCUCUGCCAUGGAGGACUGUUGAUGCCUCUGUCUCAGGGGACACCAAGUCUCGAGUGACUGACAGCUCCCAGUCGCCCAGCUAUCGGAUCAGAACCGAGUCAGAGCAGGUGUCUCUGUACUCCCCGGAGCAGUCCUCCCUUCAUGAAAGUGAGGGGUCUGCGGGUAAUUCCUGUGGCUCGGCCCAGAUGAACUCCUACUCUGACAGCGGGUAUCAAGAUGCCAGCGGCGGCUACACCAGCGGUCAGAACCACGCCAAGUCGGAGCUGAAGAUGCAGCACUCCUUUCCUGGAGGAGGCACCAGCACCUUGUUGAGGAACACCAGGGCUGAGGGCCAGACUUCAUCCCAGGUUCAGGCGGUGACAACAGCUCAGCCUGGUCGUGCUAUGCGAAGGGUUAGCUCAGUGCCUUCUCGCUCCCACUCGCCAGCGUAUGCCAGCAGCGUGUCUCCCUCCCGCGCCUCCCUGCGUACCUCAGUCGGCAGUGCCUACGGCUCCCCUAUUGUAACUGAACCCAAACCUUUCUCCAACAUCUUCACCACCACCUUGCCCUCUGUGCAGCGGACCAGCAGCAUCAACAGCGGUUGCCCACCCUACUCUACUCAAAAAACCUCUCCAGCGGGGCUGCGCCGGGUGGGCUCAACAAACUCACGCUCAGGCUCUAAUAGCCACUCCGCCUCUCCCUAUCAGACCUCCGGAGGGUCGUCAUCGGGCCACAUGGGCUCCCCUCUGACAAUGGCGGACAACGCGAACCCACCACUGACCAAGCAACCUACCCACUCGUCGUCUCCAGUUAGGGCUAGCAUGACGGCUGUGCCCCAGCACUACAGCUCCACCCUGCCUCGCUCCAUGCUCCACAACGCUGACCCCUAUGGACCUCAGAGUUACGAUAUUUACGAGAGGAUGACGCGACCGGACAGCCUCACAGACGCCCUCAUUGAUGGAGACAUUAAAGGAGUACGGAGCUCAUACACCAGUCAGCACAGUCAGCUUGGGCAGGAUAUGAGAUCAGCCGUGUCUCCAGAUCGCCACAUUGCUCCAAUUUACGAGGACCGGACUUUCCGGGGUCCGUUGUAUCGCAACCCUAGCCACACCCAGCAAGGGACCCUCUACAGGAGCAGUUCAGGUGUGGGGAGCCUGAAGAGGACAUCCAGCCAGCGUAGUGCCAUGACUUACCAAAGAAACAACUAUGCUCUUAACACAGCGGCCACCUAUGCUGAUGCGUAUCGGUCCACACAGUACCGGCCCUCCGAUCCAACCUAUGCUCGCCAGGCUCUGGUCAUGGAUGACGACGCCACCAGGUCUCCUUCUAUCGACAGCAUUCAGAAAGAUCCCAGAGAGUUUGCAUGGCGUGACCCAGAGCUUACGGAGGUAAUCCACAUGCUGCAGCAUCAUUUCCCCUCCGUCCAGGCUAACGCAGCUGCCUACCUGCAGCACCUGUGCUUUGGUGAUAAUCGAAUUAAAAGCGAGGUGGGUCGUCUGGGAGGUAUUAAACACCUGGUGGACCUGCUGGACCAUAAAGUGGUUGAAGUCCAAAGGAACUCCUGUGGAGCUUUGAGGAACCUUGUUUAUGGAAAAGCAAUGGAUGACAACAAGAUUGCUGUCAGGAACGCCGGAGGCAUCCCAGCUCUGCUCCGACUGCUUAGGAAGUCUGUGGAUGCCGAAGUGCGGGAAACUGUUACAGGUGUGCUGUGGAACCUGUCGUCGUGCGACGCGGUGAAGAUGACAAUCAUUCGGGACGCCUUAUCGACUCUGACCAACACUGUGAUCAUCCCUCACUCCGGGUGGUGCAGCUCCACCUUCGACGACGACCACAAGCUGAAGUUUCACUCCUCCCUGGUGCUCAGGAACACCACUGGCUGUCUGAGGAACUUGAGUUCGGCUGGUGAGGAGGCCAGAAAACAGAUGCGUACUUGUGAGGGUUUGGUUGACUCACUGCUCCACGUCAUUAAAGCUUGUGUAAACACCUCUGACUUCGACAGCAAGAUUGUGGAGAACUGCAUUUGCACUCUAAGAAACCUGUCUUAUCGUCUGGAGCUGGAGAUGUUGCCAUCUCGACUGAUGGGAGGGCAGGAGGUGGACGGCUUACUUGGCAGCGAGUCGCCCAGUAAGGAGAUGGACUCCAGCUGCUGGGGCAGGAAGAAAAAGAAGAAGAAAAACAGCUUGCAGGAAGACUCUUGGGACGGUGUGGGGCCAAUUCCCGGGAUCUCCAAGUCUCCCAAAGGGGCGGAGAUGCUUUGGCACCCCUCUGUGGUUAAGCCCUACUUGACUCUGCUGGCGGAAAGCUCCAAUCCUGCCACUCUGGAGGGUUCAGCCGGGUCUCUCCAGAACCUGUCAGCUGGGAACUGGAAGUUUGCUGCAUAUAUCCGAGCAGCUGUUCGUAAGGAGAAGGGUCUGCCCAUCCUGGUGGAGUUGCUGCGAAUGGACAACGACAGGGUGGUGUGUUCAGUCGCCACGGCGCUGAGGAACAUGGCGUUGGACAUCAGGAACAAAGAGCUUAUAGGGAAGUACGCAAUGAGGGACCUGGUAAACCGCCUCCCUGGAGGAAACACCUCCCUGCUGUCAGAUGAGACUGUGACGGCCAUCUGUUGCACCCUGCAUGAGGUCACCAGCAAAAACAUGGAAAAUGCAAAAGCCCUGGCCGAUACGGGCGGGAUCGAGAAGCUGGUCAACAUCACCAAGAGCCGAGGAGACAGGUACUCGCUGAAAGUGGUGAAAUCUGCAGCUCAGGUGCUGAACACGUUGUGGCAGUACAGGGAUCUGCGUGCCAUCUAUAAAAAGGAUGGGUGGAACCAAAACCAUUUCGUCACACCUGUGUCGACGCUCGAGCGGGACAGGUUCAAGUCCCAGCCCGCCCUCCCCACUAGCAGUAUUCAGAUGUCUCCAGUCACCCACCCUGCCGCCAGUGCCACAUCGUCUCCUGCCAUGCUGGGCGUCAAAGAGCAUAGAGACACCAUCAGAGACUAUCAGAGACCUCAGUCAACUAUGCAGUUUUAUAAUUACCAAGGAGACGGCAGUAUUCAUAGAAAACAGUAUACAGGGUCUGGAAAACCGUCUUCGUAUUACUACUCAUCGCCCACAAGGGAAGAGCCCAGAAGAACACAGCCUGUUUAUUACACAGAAGAGCCCAACAGGAGGAGCUACGAUACCUACAGAAUGUACCUACAGCAUCCUCAUGGCUACGAUGACACGUUUUUAGAAGAAGUCAUCACCUACCCUCCCACGGUGGACUACCAGCCCCACGGACUGAAAUCCACUGCUAACUAUGUGGACUAUUACACGAGCACACGGAGGCCUUCCUGCAGGGCAGAGCAGUACCCGGGUUCCCCUGACUCAUGGGUGUAAAUAAAGAGAACAUCUAACCCACCCCAGUUCUCAUCUCGGGGCUUGAGGAGGAACAUCCUGCACAAGAACAAAAAACUUUUUUUCAUGAACUUGGCUUUUUAAGUGUUUGUUUUAAAGUGGAUGUGAGUGUGUGGAGGAGCAGAGUGGUCACAGGUGGAUAAACGGGAUGUGUGCCAAAGAAGGAAAUCAAGGAAUGUGUUUUUUUAUUUUUAUUUAGGAGAAGAUGGAAUCAUGCUGGAGGGUCUGAGUGACAAUAACGGACACUACCGUGAGGAGAUGUGCAUCCUCUUGUGUGUAGAUAGUUUUAUUUUCUUCAAGGAACUCGUAAUUGUGGUAGCAUGGUUAAAGGAGCGUAAGCGAGGGUCCGCGGAGAGAGUCGAGAUGUGAGGGUGCGUGUGUUGAAGCCAAAAUGGUUCAUGAACUCAUCGUUAAACAAAUAAAAGAUUAACUAAUGCUAGAUUGUACAGAGGGAUCAAAUUGUGUCUGUACUUAGUGUUUAAACUGUGUAAUGCUAUGGAGUCGUGUACAUUUCUUUCAUUUUAUUGUAAAUACAGAGAAAAGAAUACAGCAUUACCGGGUUUACAUAUCACCACUGAGUAAAAAAAAGAAUCAACUUGUGCCACGUUAAAGCUCUAAAGAUAUAUAAUUAUACAAAUAUGUGCAGAAAAAACAGAUGGCAUUAUAACAAUCAUGUUGAGAAAAUAAAGUCAGUUUUGCUUUUUAAA